AUGGCCUCUCCAGGCUCACAGGAUGACAAGCACAUCCUGGUAACGGGCGCAAACAGCGGCCUCGGAUUCUCGAUUUGCUGCCGUCUGGCUGAUGAAUUUCUCGCGACCCACCCGACAUCCGGGACCAUCAGCGUGAUUUUCACGACUCGCAGCACACGCAAAGCUGAAGACACUCGCCGCCGCCUCGAAGCACACGUCCAAUCCUCUGCGGGCCCCGAGGCCCAAAAGCGAGUCCAUUUUGUUCCCGAGCUCGUCGACCUCUCCAACCUUCUCUCCGUGCGCAGCCUCUCCCGCCGACUCCUCCAAAAUUUUCCGAAGCUCGAUGCCAUCGUGCUGAACGCCGGCCUGGGCGGUUGGUCCGGCAUCGAUUGGCCCAGGGCUGUCUUCGGCGUCCUCACGGACCUCCUGCACCAAGUGACAUGGCCGUGUUACAAGAUUGCGCGAGUCGGCUGCGUGACUGAAAAACAAACCAAAACGGAAGAAGAGCCACCACUUGGCGAAGUUUUCUGCGCCAAUGUCCUCGGCCACUAUAUGCUCGCGCAUAACGUGGUGCCCCUGCUGAAAAAAGCUGGAGCGCCUGAUGGACCGGGCCGGAUCGUCUGGAUCUCCAGCAUCGAGGCUACGCAUAGAUUUUUCAAUGUAGAAGAUAUCCAAGGCUUGCGCUCUCACUCUCCUUAUGAAUCGUCGAAGGCUCUCACGGAUAUUCUGGCACUGACCUCAAAUCUACCCAGUGUGGCUCCUUGGGCCGUGGAUAGCUUUCUGUCCGACGGCACUGACAGGAAGGAUGUCAAGACGGAGGACUUGCCUGUCACAUACGUUGCGCACCCGGGUAUUUGUGCCACGGCUAUCGUCCCUUUGGCCUUACCCCUGAUGUGGGCCAUGGUCGCUUCUUUCGCGUUUGCACGACUGCUUGGUUCUCCUUGGCAUCCUAUUUCGACUUAUCUUGGCGCCUGUGCGCCAGUGUUCCUUGCCUUGGCGGCCAAAAAUGCAAUCGAGGCUGCUGAGGCCCCGUACCAGCAGGCUGGUGGCGGACGAGCGAAGUGGGGAUCUACUUCUACUCUUUUCGGCACUGGAGGUUAUGCAUCCACCGAGACAGACGGGUGGGGCCAUGGAGGCGUCGUUGGCAGGCCGGUUGUCGAAGCUGAUCGGCAAAGACAAAGGAAACGAGGCGCAAUUGAUCUCACUCGCGAAGAUAAAGAGUACUUUGUGGAGCUGGGCCGCCAAUGCUGGAAGCAAAUGGAGCAGCUUCGGGUCCAAUGGGAAGGUAUCCUCGACAGGGCUGAGAAAUCUGCAUAG